AUGUCUUCCAUCUCAGCCUCUACUCAACUCGGCACUUCUGUUAGUGAGACUUCCCCUUCAAUGCCACCCCACCAGGUCAUCCAAGGCUGCAGUGUCUGGCACUGGAAAGAUGAGCUUUCUCCAGCAGAGGGCUGGAUAGUUAUCGACUCACCCGUGCCUACUCACUCGGGUGGAGGAUUAUUCCUUCAUGAGGACGCAACUCUCAACGAGGUUCGCGACAUUGCCCGCUCUAUGAGUGCCAAACUCGCUGUCUCUUCUCAGCCUCAGGUCGUUGGUGCCAAGGGCGGCAUUAGGUUCCCUCAUGAGGACUCACGUGCUCCUCUUGUCUUGGAGCGCUUCAUUCGCGAUAACGCAGCUGUCCUUUCCGAGUACUGGGGCACAGGGGGAGACCUCAACACAGACCACGACAUCAUCGACAGACACGCUAGAGCCUACUGCUCUCCGGGCACUUUGACCGCUCUCGACGCGCUUAGUCGUUCACUUGGCUACUGCGGCUCGAACCCCAAGGAGAUCCACGAUCUCCUCGGAGAAAAGCUUGAUAACAGUGGAUGGGGCCUCAGCGAGUUCUGUGUCGGCUACGUGAUGGCUGUCACUCUUAAAGAGCUCAUUACCCACACGAAGCCGGAGCUUAUGGGGCAAGCUCGCCUGGUUCUCCAGGGCUUCGGUUGCGUCGGUUCCACCUUUGCCCAAGCAGCUGCCCAGCUGGGUAUUGGCCGGGUAGUUGCCAUCUCCAGCCAGUACGGUUUUCUGGUCAACGACAAUGGCAUAGACUGCGCCUCGAUCGAAGCUUAUCGGCGUGCUUCCGAGAAGAAUCCUGUCUCAGGACUUGACCCUCGGAGCCUAGAGGCUGGUCUUACAAAGGCCGAGCUACAGUCAGCUUUGUAUGCCAAGCGCAGAGUUGGCUCAACUGACGAAGAACACCUUGUCGACUUCCUCGCCGCUUCCCAGGGCGAGGUCUUUGUUCCCUGUGCUCAGCGGUACAUCCUCACACCCAAAGCACUCUCCACUCUUAGCGACAAAACCUUCGCUGAAGUGCCCCAUGGCGCCCGAUUUAUCCUAGCCGGCGCUAAUAACAUCUUCAACCCUGUUGAGAGCAGGGACGAAACACUGUCCAAACUUGACUCUGCAUCAAUUCGGAUGCUUCCAGAGUGGAUUAGCAACUCAGGAACCUCCAACCUCUUCAUGCGAGCCUGCAGCGGCCUCGCGCUGAAGGGCUAUGCUUUAUCCAACCUCGAGGCAUCCGCCAAUGACACCAAGGCGUUCAUCAACACCGCUUUCGGCAGCGUCGGAUAUCGAGCAAGCAACAUAGCUCUUUGGGAAGCUUGCGAGGACCUUGCGACUACCCGGCGCAGAACAGGCGCAGUCAAUCUGCUCGGCGUUAAGCGAAUGGCUCACUUGACCCUUACAUCGCAUGUGGUUGAGAGAGCUGCCCAAACAGUCAAGGAGGUCUAUAACGCCAAGUUCAACAAAGAUGAGAGCCUUUAUAGACUCCCAGGUCUCGGCGAUCCAACCCUCAGCAUUGUCAAAGCUCCAGAGAGCGCCGGACCUGGAGACAUCGGGCUUUCGGUUCGUUUCUCUGUCUACAACAUCGCCAAGGCUCGUCAAGUUCUCGAAGCUCAAAGGAUUACUUUUAAAGAUCGACGUCUCCGGGAUGGUUCAACUGAGCUUGUUCUUCUGCGCGAGGAAACUGGAUACCCGAUGAGCUUAUGCCAGGCCCCAGCUGAAGAGCCAGCCAACGAAGACUUUUCAACUUCUCCCAAUGUCCUGACUUCCAUAGCGGGAUCGACGCGCCAGCUCGACCAUUAUGCUGCCAUCAUGCCCGAGACUAAGCGUAUGAAGGUUUUCCACGAGCGAAUGUUGGGUUUCACUCCACUCCGCACUUUUACUGUUAACACUGGGUCCGCUGCUGAUGGUAGUGAUGAUGGACUGAUGCAAGUUAUGGGCAUUCCUUGUGAUUCAAAGCGGGUAGUUAUCCUUACGGAAGGAUUGAACCCUGAUUCGGUGUUCUACAAGCUGAUGAUGCGUCACGACGGAGCUUACCUUCACCAUGUUGCAUUGGAAGUUGAAGAUGUUGACGCCGUUUUUGCUGAAGUAAGAGCCAAAGGUUGGAAUACUACCGCGGAAGAUCUCAGCUACGAUGUUGCCACCGGUCUUCGUCAGUUUUUCUUGAAGGAGGAGGAGACUGGUUGCAUCUUGGAGCUCAUCGGGCGCAGUGCCAAGGACAGCAAGCCAGAGAACCAGGAAAAGUCCUCUUCGGACUCUGCGGAUGAUGGAAAUGUUGUCAAAGGUUCCGAAGUAGAAGAUGUUGGCACGUAUGCCAAUGGGCAGGUGGCAUUUCGCACGGAAAAUAUUGUUGCCUUAGCUCGGUCUUUGGAUCAAUCUGACUAG